UCAGCACAAGUCCUUCUAUCCCAGAGCAUGCCAUGGGGUGGGUCAGAGAAUCAUCCGUCUGCUUACAAGUGAGGGCAGACCAGCAAGGCACGCAGUGCGUCUACUCCGAGCUCGCCGUGGUCCACCCGUCGUCCCUCGUCACGGUCAUUCCUAACCGGUGGGCUGGACAAGCUUCGUCCCACAACAACAGAUUAUGGUGCUGUGGAACUGGAUUUAAACUGGGCUCACCCCCUGGAGAUGCUCGGUUUUGCCCUAGGGGACCUCACCGCCACUUUGCAACACCACGGGAGGAAUCAGAUACAGAUCUCCGACCAACUGCCGGGAAGGAUUGUACGCUAUGGGUGUGUUUGUGGGGAGGACAGAUUGAAAUUGACAGAGGAGGAACAAAAUCAUGAAUGGAGCGGAGAAGAUAAGACGUCUACUCAACUCAACUCUCGGCUCGUAGAGGUUUGGGAUCCACAGCAACCCGAGAGAUUGUCUACUGAGAGGGGCAGCAGAGAAGACCUAAUUCACAACAGGACCAAGCCGUUCAUGGGAAGAGGAUCCCUCUGUGUGACAUCCCCGCCCUGGAGCUUUAAGGUAACACUCUGGACUCUACUAGUGUCACUGCUGCUACUGUCAUUCAUGGCUGCUACCGUGUCCUCAACUCCAAUCAUGGAAGGUCGGCCCAAUGCAGAAAACGACAGCCUAGCAGUGCCUGACCCCAGGAACACUGAAUUUGAGGUGGAGGAGAACAUAGAUGUGUCCAUCAGGUCAACCUGGACAUCUACUUAUGAAAAUACAACCCUGGAAGCGCCCAGCGAUGACGAGUUUCCAGACGUCUUGUUUCGCUCAGAGCGUUCCCCAGAAGCCUCGGCGAAGCCGAAAAAGAACAAGAAACCCGGAAACCGCGGAAAAGACAAGAACAACGACGGGGAAAAAGGUUGCAGCAGGCAGAGCCUGAGGGUGCGCGUGCGGGACUUGGGCCUGGGCUUUAACUCUGACGAAUGGAUUACGUUCUUCUACUGCAGCGGUUCGUGCCAGCAGCAGCGCAACAAUUACGAUCUCACGCUGACCUCGUUGCUCAAACACAAGCUGAUCGCCCACGGCGCCCACGGACGGGUCAGCAACCACCCCUGCUGCCGCCCCACCAGCUACGAGAAAGUGGCAUUCAUGGACGUCGAACACAACUGGCAGGUUGUGCCGAAGCUGUCGGCGGCCAAUUGCAGCUGCGUACGCUGAGGUCGGCUCUCUAGGGGGGGGCUGGAGAGAGAAGCGAUAGGAAUACCUCGGAGCUCCUGGCACGGACCAAGAAGCGUAAAAAAAAAAAAAAAGGCACAAGAGGUCGCGCGGCCUGGUAACCCGAGGGGAGACGUGGCCGGUUGUGUGUGGCAUUUCACCGAACAAGGAAAGGAAAAAAAAAAAACAUGAAUUAAACAAAGCAGAGAAGGUCAGUGGUCUUCCCGGCCUCCACCUCACUGGUCUCCAGUUUGCAGUGUCGGUUGGGAGCCGGUUGCUGGCCUUAACGUCGCAGGCCAUCGGCAAGUCUUCCGGAGGUGGAACAUUGUGUAGCGCCGCCGCUGCUGCUGCUAUGUCGAAAGACUUUUAUUUCUUUUUUUUGUUUUUUUUUAACCAUCACGGCAUUAAUGCAACGAGACGUUCCUUCAAGAGGAAGGCCAGAGUUACCAUUGACUGAACGGCUCAUAUUGCCGCGCGGGGGGAUUACCUCCCGAGAAAGACCAAAAACAGGACUCCAGCGAGUGUUUCAAAUACAUAUCGAAAUCUAAGACUGGACUACAUUGUUACAAUAUGAGGGCAAACACGCAGAAAACCCUGUCACCCUGUCACCCUGACUACUGUAAAAUGGCAGACGCGGCCCCAAACAUGGCGGUUUUGUUAUUAUAAGCGACGCCGGAUGGUGAUAACGGCUGAGGAAAGUUCUGAGACUUUGCCUUGCUCUCCAAGACAGUCACACGGGGCUGGGACAAGGGGUGGGCAGAAGGGAGAAGCUGCCCUGGGCACAGCAGAGCAAGGAGGGCAGAGAAUGGACACAUGAUAGUAAACCGUAGUGCCGGGACAAGGCCAUCCAGGGCAAAAAAUGCCAACUGUGCCCCCCAUGCCGAUCAUGAUGUCCAAGCUUUAGGGGAGCCUACACCCAGCAGUCACUCGCUUUUCAAAAUCACUAGCACUACUCCUAUCAGCCUUGCAACACAAGGAAGGCGCCUCCAUCCCUUCAGUAAACCAUUGCGCCCACGGCAGCCGUCCCUCCUGCCCCCCCCCCCACUCCCUGGUAAACCCCUGCUAUGGCAUGCAUUAACAGUGGUGGGGGGGUUAUAGUUCCACAUGCUUGCCCUAGGUGCUAGACGACCCUGUCCCGGUACUGCAGUCACAUAUUGAAGAAUUCUACCGGGGUGAGGGGGGCAAAGAAAGAGGGUGUCCCUGAUUUAUGCCUUACCAAGUGCAAGACGUAUGCAGAGGUCCAAUCGCUUUUACUUACUGUGUUUACAUGGCUUUGAAGGCUUCUUAAAGCUGAACUCCGGGCUAAAUACGCAAAGAAAGUGCAUAUGUGGAAGGAUUUGUAUUUCUGUCCAUCCAGUCCUGAGAUUUACACAGCUCUGCCACAUAGGACAGCCCUAUCUGGCAGGACAGGAGACCUGAUUUUUUAUCUGCAGGGUUUGAUCCUCCCCCAGCCUGUGAUUGGCAGCGAUAGGAGAAGCAGAAGAUUGAUGAGGUCAUCCCUCUGCUCUCUUCCUUGUUAACCCAUUGGGCACAACUGAUUGGCUCCUUUUGCUGCCACUCCCAGUCCGAGCUCUGCUGUACACGGGCCGAUGCCAGGUCCCAAAAAUGCCUUUAAUGAUGUUGUCAUGAUUCCAAAGUCUGUGUCUAUUGUGCCCGGAGUUCGGCUUUAACCUUAGCCGUUACAUUUCCAGUAUCUUGAUUCGAACGGCUGAUCUCCCAUAAUGCCCAGCAACCUCCCGUGGUUAUUCGUCCGGUGAAUCUGCGCGUACAGUACAUUCAUUCUGUGUGAAUUGGGCAACAACAAAUGUCCUUUAGGCUAUUUAUUUUCUAAACGAAUGUUCUUUUAGUAUGACCAGUAGUAAAAAUACUGCAUUAUGGCCACCAGGUGGAGCCGAAGAGCAUAAGAAAUCUUUGUAGGAAGAGAUACAAUGUAUAAAUUCCAGAGAACGCUGAAGGGAAUUUGUGAAUAGAUACAACCAAUAGCAAUAAAAAAACAACAA